AUUUCAUGCUGACUGCAUGUGUGGAAGCCGCCAAGGAUACCAAGGCGGGCCAUGGAGAUAAACAAAAUGCAUGCUAUUUCGCUCCUUCUCGCAGCCGGCUUUGCCGUCGCUGCCCCCGCCUACAACAAGCAAUCGCAUGCUGUAACAAACAUCCAGGUUGGCCCGCGACCUUUCUGGCUGGUCGACCAGAUGGACGACAGCCCGCUCAAGAAGAAGCUCGAAUCCUGCACCGAGAAGCCCAUCCGCGAUUCCUCCUCUUUCUCCAUCUCCCAUCGCGGCGGCCCACUCCAAUUUCCCGAACACAGUCGCGAGGGGCUCUAUGCGGGGGCGCGCAUGGGUGCAGGCUUGCUGGAGUGCGACGUCGCAUUUACUAGCGACCGCCAGCUCGUCUGCCGGCACUCGCAGUGCGAUCUACACACCACUACCAAUAUCCUGCUGAUCCCCGAACUCGCCGCGAAAUGCACCACCCCAUUCCAACCCGCGACAGCAGACUCCGAGGCAACGGCGAAAUGCUGCACCUCCGACAUUACGCACGAGGAAUUCCUCUCCCUAUGCGCCAAAAUGGAUACGUCAAACCCUAAUGCCACCACGCCGGAGGAAUACCAGUACGGUGGUCCUGACUGGCGAACAUCGACCUACGACAACUGCGCCACGACCAUCGACCACAAGACCUACAUCCAAAUCACCGACAGUCUUGGCUUGCAGUUUACGCCUGAGCUUAAAACUCCCGAGGUCGAGAUGCCCUUCCAGGGCAACUAUACGCAAGAAAUGUACGCACAGCAGCUCAUCGACGAGUACAAGCAGGCGGGCAUCAGCCCAAAGCGCGUGUGGCCCCAGUCCUUCCUCGAAGACGACAUCUUCUACUGGAUCAAGGCCGAACCUAGCUUCGGCAAGCAGGCUGUGUACCUCGACCCCCGUGUUGACACGCAAGCUGGCUACGAGGCGGCCGUUUCCAGCAUGAACAAGCUCUACAAGCAGGGCGUUCGAAUUCUGGCACCGCCGAUUUUUGCACUGCUCAAUGGCACCGCCAGCGGCGAGAUCGUGCCCUCGUCAUAUGCAAAGGCUGCGAAGAAGGCCGGUUUCGAUCUCAUCACUUGGUCGCUUGAGCGCUCGGGGCCGCUCAAGCAGGCUGCCGCAGAAGGCGAGUACUAUGUCUCAACUAUUGCGGAUGUGAUCAAGGGUGAUGGCGACAUGUACCGCAUCGUCGACGCGCUGGCGCGGAAGGUCGGCGUCAUGAGUAUUUUCUCCGACUGGCCAGCAACGGUGACCUACUACGCCAACUGCUUCGGCCUAUGAUUCCAUUCACCACAAAUCUAGAUUAUAUAAACUAAGCAAU